UUCAGUUUUAAAUUAUCGUUACGUCGGGAUAGGUCGGUUUUAUUUUAUUCGUCUGAAAAUGCAAUUUGAAUGGACAGUAAUUUUGUCCAUAGGACUCUUUUGCACUCUGGUCCUGGGCAAUGAUGAGGUCCAUUUUAAGUGCGACGAAUCGGAAAGUAACUACGAGAGUCAGGAAGCCUUUUGUACGGUCAGUGGAUUUUACGUCACUCACAGUCAACAUGUCAAAAUGAUGAACUACACCCGAGCGAAUAUGACUAAAUUUAUGAAAUUCUAUGAUUCAAGACUUCUUUAUUUGCCCUUCAAGCUUUUCGAACACUUUCCGAACCUCCGAACUUUGGAUGUUUCGUUUACGGAAAUAUUGGAUAUAACACGGAAUACCUUUGCAUCGGCCAAUUCUCUGUCCUAUUUAAACAUGAGCAACAAUAAUAUCACGACUAUCGGGACUUCUGUGUUUAAUGGAGCCAAUUCCCUGAUUCGAAUCGAUCUUAGUCGAAAUGCGAUCAAGGAUGUUAAUGAGUUCAGUUUUCGAGGUUUGCCAAAAGUUGACAAGAUCGUACUGUCUUACAACAAAAUCUCAAACCUCAGUAAGGACAUCUUUGUUGAAAAUCAAUAUCUCGAAGUGAUUGCCUUGGAUAAUAAUCUCUUGGGGAGUCUAGAUCCGGAAGUGUUCUCGAGACUUCGUCGCAUUCGGGAAAUUAAUCUGUCGAAUAAUCAACUGCUCUCUCUGCAUCCGAGCACAUUCCAGAUGGCUUACGGCAUUGAAACUCUUCUUCUGAGUGGCAAUAAACUGACUGACUUUAACCUGGAGGACAAAAACAUCCUUUUGCGGCUUCAUUUGGAUGGAAACCAACUUACAUCUCUGGUUAUCAACUCAACCAAGGUGGUGAGGGCGGAAAACAACACAAUUUCCUCUAUAACAGCUUUGAACGCAAAUUUCUUAGAGAAGCUAGUCCUUGGACGAAACAACUUCACCGACAUCUCAAACAUCACCAAUAUAACAAGUCUUUUGGUGCUCGAUUUGUCCUACAACCAAAUUGGUCCGCUGAAUAUAACGUCUUUUGAGAAAUUGCGUCGUCUCAAAGAGCUCUAUCUGCGAAGUACGAACAUUUCUCAAAUAAGUUUCGGUAUGUUUUCCAAACAGACUGCCUUGGAAACCCUCGAUCUCUCCUUCAACAAUCUGACCGAUCUCAAUCUGAACAUCUUCUUCCCGUAUAUGUCGAAAAUUAAGAACUUUUACGUUGACGGGAAUAACUUGACGGAAAUCCAUGGGAUUCAUUUUGCCUACGCGUUUCCGAAUUUAGUGAAGGUUGGUCUGUCGAAGAACCGUUUCAAUUGUUCUUACUUGCACACGAUCUUAUCUCCGCCAUUCUUAUCGGGCUUUGUCGAGUUGCACAUUGAACCGGAAACCUCAACGGAGGAGUCCACCCACAUUCGGGACAUAACUUGCACCAGUACCAAGCACAACGAUGGUGCUGCACCAAAAAUUCAAGAAGAGUCGGAAAUCGAUGUUUUGCGCAAUACUAUUAAUCAGCUUAAGGUCCAUGAAAAGCGUUUAGAACUCUACUUGCUUGGCCUCAAAAUUGUGAUGAUUAUUCUGAGUUGUGCGGGCAUCUUGGCUAUUGUAAUGAUUGUUGUAAAAUACGCAAAACGCGAACGAAGGCGUUAUUCAGGUCAAUUCGGACGAAAUGGAAGUAUUGUAUUUCGGUCUAAUGUCACCAUGAACACUUCCAUGGAUCACUGACAUUUCAAUAUUAUUAAAGUGCGUGAUUUUAUUUUUUUUUUGUAUCUAGUAUAUGCGCAUAUUAAUUAGAUUUUAACAGUUUUUAUAUAUUUAUUAAGUUCCAAGAAAUAAAAAAAAAUCUUUAUAGAUGAUUGACUGCUGAAGUUCGAGUUAAUACUUAAACUUACUUAGUAUUCUAAGUGGUUGUACCUAACUUUGUAUUUGUUUUGUGAACGAUUGAUUGACAAUUUGUACUUUUAACAUUGGAAACAGUCAAGAUCACCAUUGUUGUCUUGGCUCUGGCCUGCACUGUUUCAGCUAAGCCCCAGUUCAUAUACUCCGCUCCUGCUCCCGUUGUCACCGCAUCCAGCUCCCAGUACAUUGCUAGGAAUUACAAUGGUAUAGCUGCUGCUCCAGU